AUGGCACUGGUAGCUGUGGCUGCGGCUCCUGUCUCCGCUUCGACUGGAGCAUUGGUGCAACGCUCCUCGAGCGGGACAGUUUCGAGCGCGGUUGCGUCGUCCCUGUUCCCAAGCAGCACAAGAAGCUUGAAAUCAAAUGCCGCUGUUUUCCGGCAACGUCAAAAUGCGGCCGUGAGCAAGGCCAGCAGAGUGCGGGCGAAUGCGGGGGACGCAGCACCGGCAGCGGCGCAGACGGCGGAGGCAACAGCGCAGGCGACGUCGCGGAUGAUGGAGGUGGACAAGGACUCCUUCUACCCCGAGCUCGAGAAAGCGGCGGCCGCUGACAAGCUCGUCGUGCUCGAUAUGUACACCCAGUGGUGUGGCCCGUGCAAGCUGCUGGCGCCCAAGGUGGAGGCGUUGGCGGAGGAGAUGCAGGACGUGGUGUUCCUGAAGCUGGACUGCAACCAGAAUAACAAGCCUCUGGCGAAGGGCCUUGGAGUACGGUCUGUGCCGACGUUCAAGCUCUUCCGCAACCUGGCGCAGAUUGAUGAGGUGCAAGGAGCAAAAUACGACCAGCUGGUUGAGAAGAUCACCAAGCACCGAUGA